AUGGAAUCUCUGAACGCCACUGGUCUGCCUUGGUUCGCUGCAAUCCCGCUAUCCGCCGUAGUCAUCCGAUCACUUGUCAUCUAUCCGGUAUUUCAAAAGCCUCUGCGUGAAAGGCUCGUUGACCGCGCAGCAACCCAGCCUCUGGUAGAUGCCCACAUGAGCAUCGUCAGACGUAAAUUGGACAGAACAUUUCGUAGGGACAGCCCUUGGCGCAGAAUCAAUCUGGCCAUCAACGCUUUCCAUCGAAGAGGUCAUCUGGCAGUAACCAUGUUUGAUCGCAAGUUCAAUUUUGGCCAUAGAACCAUGAUGUUUAUGACGACUAUCCUGGCUUCCGAUGGUUUGAGGAGGAUCAUGGGUGCUAAGGAGGGUUUGCUGAAGUUUAUCUUGGGCCCUUUGGACUGGACUGUGAGCUGGCUCAUUCCAGAUGCCCCGAAGAAUCAAUCUUCUGGAGAGGCUGCCGAAGCUGUUUCGGCCAAUUCUUCUUCUAAUGAACUUCCGGAUCAGGCGUCAAUCGAUGCCACUGGAGUACCAACGAGCGCUCCAGACGUGCUUUCGUCCACCGAACCAGCUCAGGAUGCGGCGGCUGAAUUGGCACAAGAAGCAUCAUCAGCAGUGGCAGGUCACGUCAAUUCUGUCUGGUUCGAUCCGACUCUUCUGACUGGAGGCUUCUCCUGGUGCUCCGACUUGACAGCCGCAGAUCCUACUCUGAUUCUUCCCGUCAUAUUCAGCAGCACCUUUUUCGCCAGCAUCUACUUUGCACCGCGCGUACAAGGCACCGUCACCACAACGGGAAGCAAAUCAGAAAGCGAACGUGCAAAACCUACAAAUAUGCAGAGGAUCAUGAUGACCGUUGCAAUGUUCUCUAUCAUUCCUGCUCUGCAAAUGCCUGCUGGACUUUUGCUAUACUUCAUUUCAAACAUGGUCACCAACAACUUGCAGUCGCGUUGGCUCACCUACACAAAGCCUAUCUAUCCUGCACCAACAGCCUGCAAGCGUCCUGUCAGGAUGCAACGCACCAAGGAGAUUGCAGAGGAUGUGCUACCCAACAAGGGAAAGACAACUUUGACACGAUAG